AUGUUAAGUACAAGUACAAAAUGUCUAAAUGAAGCAUUUAUGUGUCACUUUGUGAACUUAUUUUUAUGUAAUUUAAUAUUUAUCACCACAUUACUGCAGCAAGAACCAUUCAGAAAAGUCAGAUUUGGGGUAAUCAACCUUUUUCAACAUAAAAAUAUUGUUGACAAAGUAAAACCUAUAAAAAUACCUUUUAGGAAUCCGGUUCUUAUGAGUGAAUAG